UUGUUUAGCACGCCGAACACAAUUAAUAAUUAUUAUUUAUUAGUUAUUACCGAAAAUAAAUUACAUUUUACAUUUAAAUUAAUAUUAAAUAGCGCAAAACGUUACUAGUAAUCAACUAGAAAUUAUUUUUUUAAUUGAAAAAUAAUAUUAACCUACGAUAAUGGUACAUUCAAAUACGUUUGCAGAAUUUAUCGGUAGAAAAGUAAACAAAGUAAGAUGGAAACCGGAAGAUUUGAUGGCUUCAACAAUGUUUGUCACUGGUUCUUGGGACAACGACGAGGACAACGUUUUGGAGCUAUGGGGCUUAAGUUCACAGGAUGAAGACUUGGCAAAGGAUUUCCCUCCAAAACUUUUGGAUUCCGUACAACAGGAUGGCGAUGUCACACAGAUUAGAUUUUUAGAUAACAAAUUUGUGGCAGUGAGUACGGAUCGUGGAACUGUUAAAUUAUAUAGAAUAAUUGGAGAAAAUGAAUCGCCUACGGUUCACAUAAAAGAAGUAACAGCCUGGGAGGAACUGCAUUCGUUCGAAAAAGGGCAAAAGUGUUGCUGUAAAGAUAUAGCUGUAUGUAAUUAUUCAUUAGCGACAAUCGGUGAAGAUUACAAAAUCAACAUUAUUUCACUAAACACCAAACAAGUUCAUCAAGCUAUUGAGGAUGUUAGCAGUUCACCAUUGACUUGCAUUUGUUUUCUGACUGAAACUCAAGUGCUUUGCUGCAACUCGCUGAGCCAGAUGAAACUUUGGGAUUUAAGAGUGGAUAAAAGUGAUAUUACCGCUGAUAUUAAUAAUUUCACUCAGAAUCAAGUGCCACUGACUUGUAUUGCUCAACAUCCUAGUCAAAAGCAUUUCAUAUUUACCGGUUCUGAAGAAGGUGACGUUGGCGUAUGGGACAUGAGAACAAACAGUCUACUGACUACGAUGAGCAGCGGUGAUACGUCAGCCCUGACCGAACUAGCAUUUCAUCCUCUGGAACCCGAUCACAUGUUUUCCUGUUCGUUCGGCGGACGAUUAUUGCAAUGGAGCUCUAAAAAGUCGUACAUGUGUCGCAAUGAUCCUGGAGAUUUAGAGUAUUCAAACUUUUGGGUCAACACGGAUAAGGUGAAAACGCGUUUGUCCGUAAAUGAUGUGAUAAAACCGAUUUAUUCUCCAAUUAAUUCUCUGGAUAUUCAAAAACAACAGCUCGUAUGUGGAGCUGAUAACGAAGCGAUUUAUUUACAGAAACAUUUAAAAUUAUAAAUGCUUUUAUGAGCCAAACAUACUUAUUGUUUUAUCUUUUUUUUUAUUAU